AGAGAGAGAGAGAGAGAGAGAGAGAGAGAGAGAGAGAGAGAGAGGUUUGCCCUUUGAAAAAUCUUCUCUUGGGUAGUGGGACUGAGAGAAAAUGCUGCGUUUAAAACCUCUAGGGUUUGUCUUCGUGGCUUACAUUCUUCUCUUCCAUGUCUCUAAUUUUCCACCAUUUGUGGAGAGCUCAUCGAUCGAAGACACCAUCAGCCAUUCACCAAUCAUUCACGACAACAAAGAAGCGUUUCAAGACAAGCUGAAUCAUCAAAUGGCAUAUAGCGUCAAACUUCAUGGGAUUCUCUUGUGGGUUUCCAUGGGGUUUUUCAUGCCAUUGGGGAUUCUUUCGAUCAGAAUGGCCAAUAAAUUCCAUGAAACUGAAAGAAAAGUGAAAGUGUUCUUUUAUCUUCAUGCCAUAUCCCAGAUAUUGGCGGUGCUUUUGGCAACAGCAGGAGCUAUAAUGUCCCUAAGAACCUUGGAGAACUCCUUCAACAACACUCACCAAAGACUUGGCUUAGCUCUUUACGCGGCCAUGUGGCUCCAAUUCUUGACUGGAGUUUUCAAGCCAUCUAGGGAGAGCAGGAGGAGGAUCAAAUGGUACAUCUGGCAUUGGAUGCUUGGGACAAUAGUAACAGUGGUGGGUGUAAUAAACAUAUACACAGGCAUAAGAGCGUAUCAACACAAGACAUCGACAAGAGAUUCAAGCAGCCUAUGGACAAUCCUUUUCACGGCAGAGAUCUCUUGUCUUGUCCUCCUCUAUCUCUUCCAAGACAAAUGGGAACACUUUCAACAGAAUCUAAGAAGAAGAAACGAUAAUCCGAGUGACCAAAUUAUUCAAGUGGCCGUGACAAGAAAUGACCAAAAGGUUUUGGUUCCUCAGCCAUGCGGCAAAAGCAAUGCACUCAUGAAUCUGUUUGAAUAAUCCGAAUAACCAUUAAAUAUAUUAAGCUGUUUCAAUUGGUUGGCUUUUGGAUUAUUGUAAUAAAAAAAAAUCUAAAAUAUUUAUAUUGCAAAAGAUGGAUUGCUGUUAGGCUUUAUA